AUGGAAUAUCAACUAAGAGAAAUUGAUGAAUCAGAAAAGGAAAUAACUCAAGAAAGAAAAAAUAAUAGUGCUACUAGAAAAAAUUUCGAUAAUAUAUCAAAUACGAAUUCUCAAAUUACAGAAAUGACAAACGAACAAGGUGUGAUACCAUUAAGAGAAAAAGAUUUAACAAUAAAUGUUGGUGAUAAUAAAAAUUUAAAAGUAGAAGAAUUUAUGACUAAUUUUAUAAGUAAUGUAUUUGAAAAUAAGAAUGCAUUGUUUUUAUAUUGUAAAUAUGUUUUAUUAUUUUAUGGAAAAGAAUUAUUAAAUGAAAAUAAUGUGGAAUCUUUAAAUUUUCAAAUUAUUAAAGGAGGGAUAACAAAUAUAUUGGUAAAGGUAGAAGAUGAUAUUCAUCAGAAAAAAUAUUUGAUUAGAUUAUAUGGUCCUAAAACAAGCGAAAUUAUAAAUAGAGAAAGAGAAAAAUUGAUAUCGAAUAUAUUAUGUGAUAAAAAUAUUUCGAAAAAGAUUUAUGUUUUCUUUCCAAAUGGUAGAAUUGAAGAAUUUAAAGAUGGUUAUGCAUUAUCAAAAGAAGAUAUUAAAAAUAAAGAUUUUCAAAAAGAAAUUGCUGAAAAUUUAAGAAUUUUGCAUGAUAUUCAAUUAGAUGACAAUAUAUAUAAACAAUUACAAGAAUUACAAAAUAUAGAAGGAAAUCGAUCAUCCUUUUUAUGGAGUACAAUAUGGAAAUAUUUUAAUACAUUAAAAGAAGAAAGACAAAAAAUGUAUCUAUUUAAUCCUAAAGCUUAUAUUUUAAAAUUAAUUGAUUUUGAUAUGUUAAAAUCAACUAUCACAGAAAUUCAAGAUUUAUGCUGUAAAAAAAAUUCACCAGUAGUUCUUUGUCAUUGUGAUCUGUUAUCAUCAAAUAUUAUUAAAACAGAAGAAUCAUCCAUAUCCUUUAUAGAUUUUGAAUACUCAUGUCCAAUGGAAAGAGCAUAUGAUAUUGCUAACCAUUUUAAUGAAUAUGCUGGAUUCAACUGUGAAUGGGAUUUAACACCUAACAGAUCUGAAGAAUACAAUUUUAUCAAACAUUAUUUAAAAACAGAUGAUGAACAACUUAUCAAUCAACUUAUAGACGAAAUACAACCCUUCUAUGUAUGCUCACAUAUUGUUUGGGGCUUAUGGGCAUUGUUGCAAGGUCUACAUUCAGUGAUUGAUUUUGAUUUUAUUAAUUAUGGUAUGACCAGAUUGACUGCAGCUUUUUCGGUAAAAUUUAGGAGCAAAUUGGAAAACAAUUGA